AGCGUUUUCAGCAGCAAGGGAGCAGCGAGGCUGGGAAGUGGGUGGGAAAAAAAAGAAGAAAGUGGUGCUAGAUUGAGUGAGGUCAAAGGUGAUUGAUCUGGAAUAGCCUGCUUCCCAUCACACCACUCCAGCGUGUGAUGUUGCCUGCAGUAUUAGCAGCAGGAGGGGGGGGGAAGGCGUUUUAAUUUUUUUUUUUGCCACGAGAUGGAGGGACUUAGGCACUGAGUGGAAGGAAGGAGGAGCUUUAGGCUGGUGCGUUACAUACACGCGCAGGCACUACGCAGACUCUCGUCCUGGAUGGGAGAGCGCUUGCCGGCCAUCUCUCCCAUAGCGCCGCCGCCAGUCUGCUGCACCGGGCCUGGAGGCUUGAGGAGCAUCUCCGCUUUCUCCGCAGAGAGCACUUUGAGUUCCUUCUGGCAGUGGAUAACAAACCAAAUAACAAGGAUUGCAAGAGCGGUGCAAACAUACUUCGGAGGCACAAUGGGUGACCCUUUGCCGGCAGAGAACUCCCUGGAGCUGAAUGUGCAUUCUCGCUUUAUCAUUGGCUCUGUGUCGGAGGAUAACUCCGAGGAUGAGACAAGUUCCUUGGUGAAAAUCGACCUGGCGGAGGAGAAAGAGGAGUCCCUGUCUCCAGUCUCCAUCAGUUCAGACUCUCUUUCCGACCUGGCUCCCUCCAGUGUCCAAGAUGGCUUGGCUAAUCAUAUGAGGCCAAGUAUGUCUGGCCUCCAUCUCACGAAGCAAGGCCGGGAAAGGAAGAAAGUGGACCUACAAAGAGAUUUCACUGUUGCGUCUCCUGCAGAGUUUGUCACUCGCUUUGGAGGGAACAAAGUUAUCGAGAAGGUCCUCAUUGCCAAUAAUGGGAUUGCGGCGGUGAAAUGUAUGCGCUCCAUCCGGCGCUGGUCCUAUGAGAUGUUUCGGAAUGAGAGAGCCAUCCGGUUUGUUGUUAUGGUGACGCCAGAAGACUUGAAAGCCAAUGCAGAGUACAUUAAGAUGGCCGAUCAUUACGUCCCUGUCCCUGGAGGCCCGAAUAACAACAACUAUGCAAAUGUGGAGCUGAUUCUGGAUAUUGCAAAGCGGAUUCCUGUGCAGGCAGUAUGGGCCGGAUGGGGCCAUGCCUCGGAGAAUCCCAAACUACCAGAGCUUCUCCACAAAAAUGGAAUUGCCUUCAUGGGUCCCCCAAGCCAAGCUAUGUGGGCGCUAGGAGAUAAAAUUGCCUCGUCGAUCGUGGCUCAGACUGCGGGCAUCCCCACCCUUCCUUGGAGCGGCUGCGGCCUCCAAGUUGACUGGCAAGAGACUGACUUUCAGAAGCGCACCUUGAACGUUCCUCAGGAGUUGUAUGAGAAAGGCUGUGUGAAAGACGUGGAUGAUGGCCUGCGGGCAGCUGAAGAAGUUGGCUACCCUGUCAUGAUCAAAGCAUCUGAAGGAGGGGGAGGGAAAGGAAUCCGGAAAGUGAACAAUGCCGACGACUUCCCCAAUCUCUUCAGGCAGGUGCAAGCUGAGGUACCAGGCUCCCCCAUCUUUGUGAUGCGCCUUGCCAAACAGUCCCGCCACCUGGAAGUGCAGAUCCUCGCAGACCAAUACGGCAACGCCAUCUCACUCUUUGGCCGCGACUGCUCGGUCCAGCGCCGCCACCAGAAGAUCAUUGAGGAGGCGCCUGCAUCCAUUGCCACUUUGGCUGUCUUUGAACACAUGGAACAGUGUGCGGUGAAACUUGCCAAGAUGGUGGGCUAUGUGAGCGCCGGUACGGUGGAGUACCUUUACAGCCAGGAUGGCAGCUUCUACUUCUUGGAGCUCAACCCUCGGCUACAGGUGGAACAUCCUUGCACGGAGAUGGUGGCUGAUGUCAACUUACCUUCAGCUCAGCUUCAGAUUGCCAUGGGAAUUCCCCUCCACAGGAUCAAGGAUAUCCGGGUCAUGUACGGGGUCUCUCCCUGGGGAGACAGCCCUAUCAACUUCGAGAAUUCUGCCCAUGUGCCUUGUCCACGAGGUCAUGUGAUUGCUGCCCGCAUAACCAGUGAGAAUCCGGAUGAGGGAUUCAAACCCAGCUCCGGAACAGUACAGGAGCUGAACUUCCGCAGCAACAAGAAUGUCUGGGGCUAUUUCAGUGUUGCUGCCGCCGGGGGACUUCACGAGUUUGCUGACUCUCAGUUUGGUCACUGUUUCUCCUGGGGAGAAAACCGCGAGGAGGCCAUCUCAAACAUGGUGGUGGCUCUGAAGGAGCUUUCCAUCCGAGGGGACUUCCGGACCACUGUUGAGUACUUGAUUAAGCUGCUGGAGACAGAGAGCUUUCAGCAAAACCGCAUUGACACUGGCUGGCUGGACCGGCUGAUUGCAGAGAAAGUGCAGGCAGAGAGACCAGACACCAUGCUGGGUGUAGUGUGUGGGGCUCUUCAUGUGGCUGACGUGGGCUUUCGGAACAGUGUCUCCAACUUCCUGCAUUCCUUGGAGAGGGGCCAAGUCUUGCCUGCUCAUACGCUGCUGAACACGGCGGACGUGGAACUUAUCUAUGAAGGAAAGAAGUACGUGCUAAAGGUGACCCGGCAGUCUCCAAACUCCUAUGUCGUUAUCAUGAACGGUUCCUGCGUGGAGGUAGAUGUUCACCGACUGAGCGACGGAGGGUUGCUUCUCUCCUACGACGGCAGCAGCUACACCACCUACAUGAAAGAGGAAGUCGACAGGUACCGGAUCACCAUUGGCAACAAGACCUGUGUGUUUGAGAAAGAGAAUGACCCAUCCAUCCUGCGUUCGCCUUCGGCGGGGAAGCUCAUUCAGUACGUGGUGGAAGACGGAGGGCAUGUCUUUGCGGGCCAGUGCUUUGCUGAAAUCGAGGUGAUGAAGAUGGUGAUGACGCUGACUGCGGUGGAGUCAGGCUGCAUCCAUUACGUGAAGCGCCCCGGAGCGGCACUUGAUCCCGGCUGCGUGAUUGCCAAGCUGCAGCUGGAUGACCCGAGCCGAGUUCAGCAGGCGGAACUCAACACGGGGACCUUGCCACAGAUCCAGAGCACGGCACUCCGGGGCGAGAAACUCCACCGCGUCUUCCAUUAUGUCCUUGACAACCUGGUGAAUGUCAUGAAUGGAUACUGCCUGCCAGAGCCCUUCUUUAGCUGCAAGGUGAAGGACUGGGUUGAACGUUUAAUGAAGACUCUCCGAGAUCCAUCCUUGCCUCUCCUGGAACUUCAGGAUAUCAUGACCAGCGUUUCUGGGAGGAUCCCUCCCAACGUGGAGAAAUCCAUCAAAAAGGAAAUGGCCCAGUAUGCCAGCAACAUCACGUCCGUCCUCUGCCAGUUUCCCAGCCAGCAAAUUGCCAAUAUCCUGGACAGCCACGCAGCCACUCUGAACCGCAAAUCGGAGCGUGAGGUCUUCUUCAUGAACACCCAGAGCAUUGUGCAGCUGGUGCAGAGGUACCGGAGUGGCAUCCGAGGGCACAUGAAGGCUGUGGUUAUGGACUUGCUACGGCAGUACCUGAAAGUGGAAACUCAAUUUCAACAUGGUCACUAUGAUAAGUGUGUUUUUGCCCUUCGAGAAGAGAACAAAAGUGACAUGAAUGCUGUCCUCAACUACAUCUUCUCCCACGCCCAGGUCACCAAGAAGAAUCUUCUCGUGACGAUGCUCAUUGACCAGCUGUGUGGCCGAGAUCCGACCUUAACAGAUGAGCUCAUUAACAUACUGACAGAGCUGACCCAGCUCAGUAAGACCACCAACGCCAAGGUUGCGCUGCGGGCCCGGCAGGUCCUCAUAGCUUCCCACUUGCCUUCCUAUGAACUACGGCACAACCAGGUGGAGUCCAUCUUCCUUUCGGCCAUCGACAUGUACGGGCACCAGUUCUGUAUAGAGAAUUUGCAGAAACUCAUUCUUUCGGAGACAUCCAUCUUUGAUGUGCUGCCAAAUUUUUUCUAUCACAGCAACCAGGUGGUGAGGAUGGCAGCUUUAGAGGUGUACGUUCGGAGGGCCUACAUCGCCUAUGAGUUGAACAGCGUCCAGCACCGCCAGCUGAAAGACAACACUUGUGUGGUGGAGUUCCAGUUCAUGCUGCCCACUUCCCAUCCAAACCGAGGGAACAUACCUACGCUUAACAGAAUGUCCUUCUCAUCCAACCUCAACCAUUAUGGGAUGGCCCAUGUGGCCAGCGUCAGUGACGUUCUCUUGGACAACUCGUUCACCCCACCGUGCCAGCGCAUGGGCGGCAUGGUCUCCUUACGGACCUUCGAAGACUUUGUCCGGCUCUUUGAUGAAAUCAUGGGAUGCUUUUGUGACUCUCCACCUCAAAGCCCUACCUUCCCGGAAGCAGGUCACCCAUCCUUAUACGAUGAAGACAAGAGUGCUAGAGAAGAGCCAAUUCACAUCCUGAACAUUGCCAUUAAGACUGAUUGCGACAUCGAUGAUGAAGGGCUGGCUGCUAUGUUCCGAGAGUUCACGCAAAUGAAGAAAUCUAUCCUGAUCGACCAUGGCAUCCGACGGCUGACUUUCUUAGUGGCACAAAAGGAUUUCAGGAAACAGGUCAACUGUGAGGUGGACCAAAGAUUUCAUAGGGAAUUUCCCAAAUUUUUCACAUUCCGGGCAAGGGAUAAGUUUGAAGAAGACAGAAUCUACCGCCACUUGGAGCCGGCGUUGGCUUUCCAGCUGGAACUGAACCGGAUGCGCAACUUUGAUCUCACUGCCAUUCCGUGCGCCAAUCACAAAAUGCAUCUCUACCUGGGCGCUGCGAAAGUUGAGGCAGGCGCCGAGGUUACCGACUACCGGUUCUUUGUCCGGGCGAUCAUCCGGCACUCGGACUUGGUUACUAAGGAGGCAUCCUUUGAAUAUCUUCAGAACGAGGGGGAACGCUUGCUGUUAGAAGCCAUGGACGAGCUGGAAGUGGCUUUCAACAACACAAAUGUGCGCACCGACUGCAACCACAUCUUCCUCAACUUUGUCCCAACGGUUAUUAUGGACCCAUCGAAGAUUGAAGAGUCUGUUCGGAGCAUGGUGAUGCGUUAUGGCAGCCGCUUGUGGAAGCUCCGAGUCCUCCAGGCGGAGCUCAAGAUCAAUAUUCGGCUGACGCCCACUGGCAAGGCAAUUCCCAUCCGGCUCUUCUUGACCAAUGAGUCUGGCUAUUACCUAGAUAUAAGUCUGUACAAGGAGGUGACGGACUCCAGAACAGCACAGAUUAUGUUCCAAGCUUAUGGCGAUAAGCAAGGGCCGCUGCAUGGAAUGUUGAUCAACACUCCGUACGUGACGAAGGACCUGCUCCAGUCCAAGAGAUUCCAGGCGCAGUCGCUGGGGACUACGUACGUCUAUGACAUCCCUGAAAUGUUCCGACAGUCGUUGAUAAAACUCUGGGAUUUCAUGAAAGAGCUUGUGGUCCUGCCUGCUCCUCCGCUGCCUUCCGACAUGCUGACAUAUACUGAGCUGGUGCUGGACGACCAAGGCCAAUUGGUUCACAUGAACAGGCUGCCUGGAGGAAAUGAGAUUGGCAUGGUGGCCUGGCUGAUGACCCUCAAGAGCCCCGAGUAUCCAGAUGGGCAGGACGUCAUCGUCAUUAGCAACGACAUCACCUACCGGAUUGGGUCCUUUGGGCCUCAAGAAGACCUUCUUUUCCUUAGGGCGUCUGAGCUGGCUCGCCAGCAGGGCAUUCCCCGGAUCUAUGUGGCUGCCAACAGUGGUGCCAGGAUUGGGUUGGCCGAGGAAAUCCGCCACAUGUUCCAUGUGGCGUGGGAAGACCCUGCUGACCCGUACAAAGGAUUCAAGUACCUAUACCUAACUCCCCAGGAUUAUAAGAGAGUCAGUGCUUUGAACUCAGUCCAUUGUGAACACAUCGAGGAUGAAGGAGAAUCUAGGUAUAAAAUUACGGAUAUUAUUGGGAAGGAAGAAGGACUUGGAACUGAGAACCUGCGGGGAUCUGGUAUGAUCGCAGGUGAAUCGUCACUGGCAUAUGAAGAUAUUAUCACAAUCAACUUGGUGACGUGUCGAGCAAUUGGAAUCGGGGCGUACCUUGUCCGGUUGGGACAGAGGACGAUCCAAGUGGAAAAUUCGCAUAUCAUCUUGACUGGAGCUGGAGCUCUCAACAAAGUCCUUGGAAGAGAAGUCUACACCUCCAACAACCAGCUGGGUGGGAUCCAGAUCAUGCACAACAACGGGGUGACCCACAGCACAGUAUGUGAUGACUUUGAAGGGGUCUACACCAUCCUUCUGUGGCUGUCCUACAUGCCAAAGAGUGUUUUCAGCCCAGUUCCAAUUCUCACUGUCAAGGACCCAAUAGAAAGAAUAAUUGAUUUUGUUCCCACCAAGACACCUUACGAUCCUCGCUGGAUGCUGGCUGGACGCCCCAACCCAAUUCAGAAGGGCCAGUGGCAAAGUGGCUUCUUUGACUAUGGAUCUUUCUUGGAGAUCAUGCAACCCUGGGCUCAGACAGUUGUGGUUGGCAGAGCCAGACUUGGUGGAAUACCUGUUGGAGUGGUUGCUGUCGAAACCAGGACAGUGGAGCUGAGCAUUCCUGCGGACCCGGCCAACCUAGACUCAGAAGCCAAGAUUAUCCAGCAGGCGGGCCAGGUGUGGUUCCCUGACUCUGCCUUCAAGACAGCUCAAGCAAUCAAGGAUUUCAACCGGGAAGGGCUCCCACUGAUGGUCUUUGCGAACUGGAGAGGCUUCUCUGGAGGAAUGAAAGAUAUGUAUGACCAAGUGUUGAAAUUUGGGGCUUACAUUGUGGACGGUUUACGGGAGUACAAGCAGCCUGUCCUUGUUUACAUCCCGCCGCAAGCGGAGUUGAGAGGCGGUUCCUGGGUCGUGAUUGACCCCACCAUUAACCCUCGACACAUGGAGAUGUAUGCUGACCGAGAGAGCAGAGGUGGAGUUCUGGAGCCUGAAGGGACGGUGGAAAUCAAAUUCCGAAAGAAAGACUUGGUGAAGACAAUGAGGCGUGUGGACCCCAUCUACACGCGUCUGGCGGAACGACUUGGCACCCCAGAGCUAAGCCCGGCUGAGCGGAAGGAACUGGAGACCAAGCUGAAGGAUCGGGAGGAAUUCCUAAUUCCCAUUUACCAUCAAGUAGCCGUGCAGUUUGCUGACUUGCACGACACGCCUGGCCGGAUGCAAGAGAAGGGUGUCAUUACGGACAUUCUAGAGUGGAAGACGUCCCGCACGUUCUUUUACUGGAGACUGCGGCGCCUUCUUCUUGAGGACUUGGUGAAGAAGAAGAUCCAUGAUGCCAAUCCUGAACUGACGGAUGGUCAGAUCCAAGCCAUGCUGAGACGCUGGUUUGUGGAAGUUGAGGGCACAGUCAAGGCAUAUUUGUGGGAUAACAACAAAGACCUGGUAGAGUGGCUGGAGAAACAGCUGACGGAGGAGGAAGGUGCCCGCUCAGUGGUGGACGAGAACAUCAAGUACAUCUCCCGUGACUACAUCCUGAAACAGAUACGGAGUUUGGUCCAGGCCAAUCCAGAGGUCGCCAUGGAUUCCAUUGUCCACAUGACCCAGCAUAUAUCGCCGACACAGCGGGCUGAGAUUGUGCGCAUCCUUUCCACAAUGGACGCUCCCGCUUCAACGUAAGCCAACGGGGCCGCCUGGAGCAGAGGAAAAGAUGCUCUGCCAUCCACCUCCCACACCUCUUGGCACGGGGCAGGGGAACUGCUGGAAAAGGAUUUUUUAUAUUUUCUUCUAAUUUUUUUUAACUCAGACUUGAAAUUACAGAGUAGUUACAAAAGACUUCAAGAAGACAGGCUCCCCCGCAAUUAACUUACGGAUGUCGCAUAAUAGUACCUAUUUAUUUAACAAAGUGUAAUUGGACUUGCUUUCUUCAAAGUCACUGUUGUUUAUACAGCGCUGGCAAAGAGAUAAUGAAAGGUACCUGCCUGGUACCAUGAGGUCUUAAAUCAAGUGGGGGGAGAACGAGAAGGGCCUUUGUCAGUGCCCUCAUCUCAAGCUUUUUGUUGUGUGUAAAUUUUUGUCCAGUGUGUCUGUUACUUGACCUUCCACAGGCAAAACGUCAAGUGUUUGCCAGUAGUAGUGGGGGGGGCUGGUGGCAGCGCCACCCUUAAAAGGGAGGCCUUGGGGCCUUUUGCUGCUUCUGUCUUACGUGGUUCAGAUUGCCGUCAUCUUUCCUUGUCUGCCUUCCUGGUGUUGGCCAACUUCACUUCACGCACAAAAUUUAAGUCCACUCUUUAUCCAGAAGGCUUGCAGCGGAAAUGAUUUUGUCACACACACACCCCUCAGUGGGGGCCAGGUAAGAGAACAAAAGAUUCCUUUACCUGUUGAUGAUACAGGGCAUUCUCCAGAUUCCUCGGGUGUUUCGUUUCUCUGUUCACACGUUAAAAACCAUGCCCACAGGAAAGUCAGUCUGGGCAGCGGAUAUCUGUUACUGAAACAGACAAGAGAGUUACCUCAGGGGAUAUAAUUUCCCUUCAUCCUGUUUGACCUACAAAUCGGUGAGCAUUCCCUUUCCAUAUUUUGCAAGUUAUUGUGCAAGAUUCGCAGGGGCAGACUCUGUUGGAGCAUUCCCUGAUGAAAGUCAUUCCAUAGGUUUGCUGGGAAAAUGUCAAAUUAGAGCAAAAGAGGCUGGUUCUUUUGGAUGUACUGCACAUGGGUGGAACAAUACGGAGCUAGAAGCACCUCCAUGUUAGGAGGAACAGGGGGGCAAGCCUCAGCUGCACUGCCCUCCUCUGUAAAGUGUAGCGCAACCUUCUCCAACCAGGUGCCCUCAAGACGUUUUGGAUUACAGUUCCAGCCAGCAUGAGUUGUAGUCCAAAACAUCUGGAGGGCACCUAGUUGGGGAAGGCUGGUUAAACAGCAUACCUUUUUAUUAUGGCCUGGUUCCACGCCAAAGCAUCAUGGAGCAUCAUACCAUUAAUGUGUGGGGUGCUCUCCCAGAUCUUGUUGGGGCUGCAGCUCCCAUCAGCCUUAGCCAGCUUGGCCAGUAGUCGGGAAUGAUGGCCAUUGUGGUGCAACGUCAUCUGGGAGGGCACCACAUUAUGGCAUGAAAGCAGUUGCUCCCUUACAGUGCUGAGCAAUCCCCACAGGUGCCUAGCCUUAUAUACCAUGUUGGCUCUGACCUCUGAAGGCAAAAUUGUUACUAAUUUUGUGAGCUAAUUUGCAAGUUAGAGGUAGCAUUUACUUCUGUAAAUCAACACCUGCAGACUUGGCCUGUAGGCUAGCUGUGGCGUACCAUCCUUGAAGGACAAUGCAGGAAAACAACAUGGGCAUUCUAGCUCUGUUGGCUGGCCCCUUUGGGUUGCCUUCUGGAACAGAAGAGGUUUAAAGCGGCACUGCUGGCAUUGAAGGCAUGUGCGUGCAGUUGGGAGCCAUGCAUGAAACUUGCUUGAACAGAAUUUGCACAGGUAUGCCAAUACCAGGAGAUGUGUGCACACCUGUUGCCCUCAACACCUCUCUUGCUUUUUGGAGAUUCGGGGUGGCAGUUGGCAGGCAGUUCUUGGGGUCAGUGAGUGAGACAGAUCAGCUAUGCUCAGUCACGCUUGCCUCGCCUGCCGAUGGCGAAAGGGCAUUUGCAGCCACAGGGAACAAUCGCAUACCAUGUUCUACAUACAGGUGUUAGGGGACGAUGCAAUUCAUUCGUGUGGUCCACUGCAGGGUGGUUGAGCCCAGCCACUGCCCUUUUGCUAACACAGCCAGCUGUUAAAGCCACUAUUGCAACAGAGGCAACUGUUCCACCAACUACCAGGGUGCCUGUGUGUCAGCAAGAGGAACGCAGCAGCAACUGCGUGACCCCUACCUUCAAAAGCAGAAUAUGUACUGCUCAGUCAUUACAAUAAAUGCCAUGUUCUUUGUCAGACAAUACAAGCAACUGAAAUUCACAUGUGUUCCAGCCAAAUUUUUUGGGGGAAAAGAGCAUGAUAGGGGUGGGUUCCAGCAGUGCCCCCAUCUGCACUAUACAUUUAAAGAGGUAUCAUACCAGAGUAUGUGCAACAGUCAAUUCCUCUUCCCAGGGAACUCUGGGAAUUGUAGUUUUGGGGGGCAUAUGAGUCUCCUAACAAUUCUCAGCACCUUUAACAGACUACAUUUCCCAAAAUUCUUUGGGGGAAGCCACAACUGUUUACAGUGGGAUAAUGCUGCUUUAAAGGGAUGGGGCCACUCACAGCAGAUGCUUAGAGCCAGUGAAGCCAGCCAUUACCAGAAAGGCUGCAAUCCUAGCCCCACUGAAUUAAAAAUUACUGUUUUUAUUUACUACAUUUCUAGCCUACCUUUCCUCUGAAAGAGGGGUGACAAAAAGACAAAUUGUUAAAACAAUACAAUUAAAAAUAAAAUAAAAACAUCUCUAAACAAAAAAAGUAAUGUGAGACUUACUUCAGAGUAGACAUGGAUAGGAUUAUGCUAAGCGUCCCAUCGAAAUAAACGAAGUAUGCUGGAUCCUAUGCACUCGAGCUCCAGCUAAAAAGGGUACACC